UCCGGCCGCUCGGGAGUUUCCGUAAACACCCGAAGGCCGAACCCCCUUCGCGGAUGCAACCUGCAUUUAUAAUAUGUUCGCCAUGCAUUCAACCAUUAUUAUGUUCGGAGAGCGGGCAAGAGCAGGCUUUGUCCCCGUCCUCCGCUAAAUAUUUGACCGUCCAUUCGGGGCGAUUAUCCCUCACAUGUAGGGAUUCAGUCCGUUCAUAAGCCAUUGUGAUCGCGAGCACUCAACCCGGAACAGGUAAUAUUGUUUUUCACGGCCGGUAGCUAAACAAAGAAUCCUGGAGGGGCAGCGUAUCGCACCGUCGACCGCGGUAGGCAGUACCAAGAUGUCCUUCGCCAACAAUGACUGUCGCAUCUACGUGGGGAACCUGCCGCCCGACAUCAGAGUAAAGGACAUCGAGGACAUCUUCUACAAGUACGGCAACAUCCGCCACAUCGACCUGAAGAACAAGAGAGGACCGCCCUUCGCCUUCGUCGAGUUUGAUGACAAGAGGGACGCCGAGGACGCCGUGCGCGGCAGGGACGGCUACAAUUACGACGGGUACCGGCUGAGGGUGGAGUUUCCACGCGGCACCAGCCGGGGAGGCUACCGGGGAGGGCGGCGCGUCGGCCAGCCGUCUCGGCGCUCCGAAUAUCGCGUUCUGGUAUCAGGGUUGCCUCCGACGGGCAGCUGGCAGGACCUGAAGGAUCACAUGCGGGAGGCGGGGGACGUGUGCUACGCCGACGUCUUCAGAGACGGCACCGGAGUCGUGGAGUUCCUCAACUACGAGGACAUGAAGUACGCCGUCAAACAGCUGGACGAUUCUAAGUUCAGAUCGCACGAGGGAGAGACGUCGUACAUCAGAGUGAAGGAAGACUACCACCCGUCGGGAGGCAGCCCUCGCCGCGCCAGCCGCAGCCGCAGCCGGUCUCCCAGCUUCUCCCGCCGCCGCCGCUCCCGAUCCUCACCACGCUACAGUCCGCAGCGGUCCAGAUCCCGCUCCCGGUCCUAGGUUUGGUUUGAGGCACCUCGGUUAUAUCCUCACGGCUAGCUUAUUAUCGUCCCGUCAUACUCUCUUUCGGGAGUAUGAUACUAGACUGACCACCUUCUUGUGUUAAAUGUUUGGCAAUAACUACAAGCCAUGCAGGCCAGCUUAUUAUCGUCCCUUCAUACUUUUUUUCGGGAGUAUGAUACUCGAGUGACAACCUUCGUGUGUCAAGUGUUUGGUAAAAACUACAAGCCAUGGAGACAGUACCGGUUUUGUACUUCCAGUGAUCAGGAAGAUGACAUAACUAUUCAAAAAGUUAGAAGGAGUGUAUUCCUGUUACUAGUACUCCCUUUUCUCCUCAACCUCUGAAUCGUAAUUCGACAUCUUCUCGUAUUUUGUCGCGCACCCCAAACACUGAGAACGAGCACCCCAUCAAAAUCAUUAAUUAGUAUCUCUAUCUUCCUUGCUCUUUCCACCCCGAGAUCGUUAAUUCUUUGAUACAGUCUUCUGAUAUACUCACGAACAUAUAAUUAAAUCCCACGAUCCCGGCUACAGAAGCUAUCCAUCAAAAGCACACCUACGUGGUUUCAUCCCCGUUGAUAUAUAUAUAUAGGCUCACCGAAACGAGCUUUAUUUUCGGUCGGCUGGCUUGGGAAGAUAAGCCGGGGACUGAUCCCCUAGCCAGAAGGCUACUAGACGCCGCGUUAUCAAUCAAGAGAGAAGGUGUAGUUUCCAUGGAAUGAGAGUAGAAGCAAGGACAUUAAACAGAGGUGUAAUGUCCUUGGUAGAAGCUUUCACGUGACAAUCAACGUACGUACGUAAGCGAUGACGUAGGGACGACGAACCCCUGGUGGGUUCAUGUUUUACCAGCCGCGUUUUUGGAACAGUAUAACGAAAACGUACGCUGGAAAGAUGUACAUAAUCUUUGAUGUUAAUAUAUUGGUUCUUUGCUGUAUUCUUGCCAGCCAUAGAUGAUCAACUACAGCAAAACGUACUUUUGCUAAAAAGCCCCAGUAUAAAGCCGUCCAGAACUUGAUAGGAUAUACUUGUGUAUAUCUGCAAUAGUGAGAGUCUAGUAUUCAAUGGCAAUCUAGGUCUUAGAUGUAGAAGUACUAGAAUCUGUAGUGGUUUGCACAGAGGUGUUUUGGCAGUUUCGUACUUUUGUGGUGGAGAUUCCCCGUUCUGAUAGCCCCUUUUUUAUUAUAUUCCUCAUAGUCAUACUAACAUAGAGUACUUGCAACUAAAUCAAAAGUGUGUACAGUAUAGGGUCCUCGUCUAACGUAAGAUUUUUACAUAUUCAUAGAUUCGUAGUUUUGAAUCAUUGCUAGAAAGCAAAGAGAGUGUAGGAAUAGCUUGAGAUAUAUCCAUAUAUUACCACUGAUUGAACUGUUGCAACAACAUGUGGAUAUUUGUAUGUCUUUACAUUUGUACUCAGCACCAUGAAAGUUGUUUAUGUCUGAUAUUGUACAUCACUGUAUAUAUCCUGCGCACGUUUUUCUGUAAAGCCAUGUACUCUUGAUUUUCUUAAAGAAACGUAGAGGUCGUAACCAAAGGAAUUCGGUGCUAUAUAUUUGGAUUCUGAAAACUCACAAGCCACAUUUAAGAGUAUAAGAGAUUCAUACAUUCCUUAUAUUGUGCAAAUUGAGUGAGAGGUGACACGAAGUGCGUAGAAAGGCUUCAUUAGUAGAAUGGGCGUAAUGAUACGGCAACAAAGGACCACCAAGGUUGGUUAUAGAAAUAGUACUAGUUUGAAAUGUUGAUCAUGAAAAAGAGAUUCUAUGAUGUGUAGUGAUAGGAAGAGUCAGCUUUGUCAUAACAGGUUCGUAUUAGCUGUGAACAAGGUGAACAAGGAUGAUGUUCAUUUUAUCAAAAAGUUAUUUUAUGACAGCAGUCAACAGACCGUCAUCAGGGCACACAUAGUCUUG